AUGUUAAGAUCGUACACGAACCUUUUAGACUUGGCUACAGGGAAUUUCCCUGUAAUGAAUGGGGAGGGGGAAGGUAGACGAUUGGGGGCAAUGUCGGCUCGGAAGGAUGUGUUUAGUUUUGAUGAUCAAGAGCCUCACAGUGCCAGGUCUGAUAAUCCAUCUUCACUGGUUAGUGAUAGGUUGAUUAUUGUGGCUAAUCUAUUGCCAUUGAAAGCAACAAGGAGUCCUGAUGAUAGAGGAUGGAACUUUAGUUGGAAUGAGGACUCGGUACUGUUGCGGCUUAAGGAUGGGUUACCGGAAGAUAUGGUGGUGCAAUAUGUUGGGUGUUUAUGUGUUGAUGUGGAGCCAAUUGACCAGGAUGAUGUUGCUCACUAUCUUCUGGAAAAGUUCAAGUGCAUCCCUACUUUCCUUUCACCUAAGAUUCUGGAGAAGUACUAUGAGGGGUUCUGCAAGAAACAUUUAUGGCCACUUUUUCACUACAUGUUGCCAUUUUCACCUGAACAUGGAAGCCGCUUUGAUCGUUGUCUGUGGGAAGCUUAUGUUUCUGUCAAUAAGACGUUUUCACAAAAAGUAGUUGAGGUUCUUAAUCCUGAUUAUGAUUUUGUUUGGAUCCAUGAUUAUCAUUUGAUGGUGUUGCCCACAUUCUUGAGGAGGCGGUCCAACCGACUAAGAAUGGGAUUUUUCUUUCACAGCACAUUUCCUUCUUCUGAGAUUUACAGGUCACUUCCUGUUAGAGAAGAGGUACUAAAGGCUCUGCUCUGUUCAGACCUUAUCGGCUUCCACAAUUUUGAUUAUGCACGACAUUUCCUCUCUUGUUGCAGCCGGAUGCUAGGUGUAGAGUAUCAGUCAAAAAGGGGUUAUAUAGGUUUGGAGUACUACGGUAGGACUGUAACUAUAAAGAUUAUGCCUGUUGGGAUUCAUAUGGGACACAUUGAGUCAGUGAUGAGACUCUCAGAGAAAGAGAUGAAAUUCAAGGAGCUGAGGGAGCAAUUUGAAGGAAAAACUGUGUUACUUGGAGUUGAUGACAUGGAUAUUUUCAAAGGUAUCAACUUAAAGCUUCUAGCUAUGGAACACAUGCUCAAAGAACAUCCAAAAUGGCAAGGAAAGGCUGUGCUGGUCCAGAUUGCAACUCCUGCAAGAGGAAAAGGGAUUAAUUUGGAAGAGAUAGAGAAUGAAAUUCAGGAAAGCUGCAAGAGAAUUAGAAAAGAAUUUGGCAAACCCGGUUAUGAACCUAUUAUUUUUAUUGAUACACCUAUAUCAAGCUGUGAAAAAAUGGCUUAUUAUAGUAUUGCAGAAUGUGUUGUCACUACACCAGUAAGGGAUGGGAUGAACCUGAAACCAUAUGAAUACAUUGUGUGUAGACAGGGUAUACCCAGUGCUGAAGCAGACUCAAAUUUGGAUGGACCCAAGAAGAGCAUGCUAGUAUUAUCAGAAUUUAUUGGGUGUUCUCCUUCACUGAGUGGGGCAAUCCGUGUCAACCCAUGGAAUGUUGAAGCUACUGCUGAGGCAAUGAAUGAGGCUCUAUCAAUGGCUGAACCAGAGAAGCAGCUGCGACACGAGAAGCAUUAUCGCUAUGUCAGCACUCAUGAUGUGGCUUAUUGGUCAAGAAGUUUCUUGCAAGAUUUGGAGAAAACAUGUGUUGAUCACUUUAGGAAUAGAUGCUAUGGUAUUGGGUUGGGCUUUGGGUUCAGAGUUGUGGCCUUAGAUCCCAACUUCAGAAAGCUUUCAAUAGAUGAGAUUGUGUCAGUUUAUUUUAAGGCUAAGAACAGGGCAAUAUUACUAGACUAUGAUGGAACUGUUAUUCCUCAAAGUUCUAUCAUCAAGUCGCCUAGUGCACAAGUCUUGACCAUUUUAAACAAAAUCUGCAGUGAUAAGAAAAAUACUGUCUUUAUAGUUAGUGGAAGAGGAAGGGACAACUUAAGCAGUUGGUGUUCACCUUGUCAGAAGCUGGGGCUUGCAGCAGAACAUGGUUACUUCAUGAGGUGGUCACAAGAUCAUGAAUGGGAACAAACCAUUCAGAACUCUGAUCUUGGAUGGAUGCAGCUUGCUGAACCUGUCAUGCAAUCCUAUACUGAUGCUACAGAUGGUUCUUGCAUUGAAAAGAAGGAAAGUGCUAUUGUGUGGCAGUAUAGUGAUGCAGACCCUAGUUUUGGUUAUUCUCAGGCCAAGGAGAUGCUUGAUCAUCUAGAGAGUGUUUUAUCACAUGAACCUGUUGCUGUGAAAAGUGGACGGUCCAUUGUAGAAAUCAAGCCUCAGGGAGUCAACAAAGGCUUGGUUGCUGAAAAGAUAUUCACAUCUAUGGCAGAAGGAGGGAAACUGGCAGAUUUUGUGCUUUGCAUUGGUGACGACAGAUCUGAUGAAGAUAUGUUUGAAAUAAUUGAGAGUGCUCUCUCUAGAAAUACCCUCUCUCAAAAUACAAAGGUUUUUGCCUGCACUGUUGGACAAAAGCCGAGCAAAGCCAAAUACUAUUUGGAUGAUCCGUCUGAGGUGAUACUCAUGCUUGAAUCUCUAGCUGAAAUGAGUGAUACCCCUGUCAAUUCUGACGAAGAAGCUGAUAAUCCAGCUUGAAUGUUUUAGGCAUUUCGUUCCUUGCUUAAAUCCAAGCCCCUGUUAAAUAAUAAAUAAUCCAGGUUGGAGGAUAACAUAU